AUGAAUCGACCCGUUGGCAAGGCCGCGCUGAUAAUAAACGGCAAGCGGCAACGGAAAAACCCGCUGCUGGCACACCUCAAGCACAUCGAGUGUGUUUAUGAGGACGAUAUCAAAGCCGACUUUGUAACUGGAGCGACUUCAUGUGUGUUGUUCUUGUCAAUGAGCUAUCACCAGGUUAUGGGCCAGUAUAUAUACAAGCGAAUGGCCAAAUUGGGGCGGGACUUUGAAUUGAGGAUUCUGCUUGUCCAGGUUGAUGUCGAGAACCCCACUGAAUCUCUUAAAGAGCUAACGAAACUAGCUAUCCACAACGAUUACGCUUUGAUUGUGGCAUGGAGCGCUGCCGAAGCGGCUGAUUAUUUACGCGAAUUUAAACGCAAAGAGAGAUCCACGGGAGAGUCACUCAAAGGAAGCACAAAGUCAGACUAUAAGGACCAACUAGCUCAAGUGCUGGGUAAAGUGCGGGGGAUCAACCGCACCAACGCUCUCAGUUUAUCCACCAAUUACGGCUCAUUCAGACAGAUUGUCCGCGGCGCUGCUAGUGUCGAUCGAAUGGAAGGGUUUGGCGAUUUAAAAAGCGAACGCUUCAAAAAGGUUCUCUCAGAGCCCUUCGCAGUUUCCAAACCGUUCUCAUCGACGACGACUACUAACCCCCCACCGGCCGCUCCCAACUAA